UGACUCCGGAGGAAGAGGCGGACUCUUCUCCGCAGCCUGUGCGCCUCGGAGCUGCGCAGUCGCGGACUGGGUGUAGUCUGGACUCCCGUCUUUUCCUGCUGGAGUUGAGGUGCAUGGCGGCGGACACAAAGAGCUGAGAGCGACCUCGGACCUCCUGAGAGACCUCCAGAGAGACCUCCAGAACGUCGGGAAGCCGGAGCCGCCAGUCGCUCCUUGUUCUCCAGGAUCCUCCAGUCCAGGAUCGCUCCUGCGGGAAACUGUCGGGAAAAGUUUUGGGAAGUUUCGGGAGCGCUCCGAUGGGAGUUUUGCGGCCGAUCGGGAAGACGGAGCGGGCGGCCAGGAUGCAGAACCUGAUCCGGGCUCUGGUGGCGUGGAGCUGGGUGGCCGCGGUGUGCGUCCGCGGCGCCAUGGAUGAAUGCGCGGACGAGCAGGGCCGAGCGCAGCGCUGCAUGCCGGAGUUCGUGAACGCGGCCUUCAACGUGACGGUGGAGGCCACCAACACCUGCGGCUCCCCGCCGGAGGAGUACUGCGUCCAGACCGGCGCCACCGGGGUCACCAAGUCCUGCCACAUCUGCGACGCGCGGGACCCGCGGAACCACCACAACGCCGCGUACCUGACCGACUACAACAACCAGCAGGACGCCACCUGGUGGCAGAGCCAGACCAUGCUGGCGGGGAUCCAGUACCCUAACUCCAUCAACCUCACCCUGCACCUCGGGAAGGCCUUCGACAUCACCUACGUUCGGCUGAAGUUCCACACGAGCCGCCCGGAGAGCUUCGCCAUCUACAAGCGGAGCAGCGAGGGGCCCUGGGUGCCGUACCAGUACUACAGCGGCUCCUGCGAGAAGACGUACAGGAAGCCGAGCCGCGGCUUCAUCCGCACCGGCGGCGACGAGCAGGAGGCGCUCUGCACCGACGACUUCAGCGACAUCUCGCCGCUCACCGGGGACGUGGCCUUCUCCACGCUGGAGGGCCGACCCAGCGCCUACAACUUCGACAACAGCCCGGUGCUCCAGGACUGGGUGACGGCCACAGACAUCAGAGUGACCCUGAACAGACUCAACACGUUCGGAGACGAAGUCUUCAACGACCCCAAGGUCCUCAAGUCCUACUACUACGCCAUCUCUGACUUCGCCGUGGGAGGAAGGUGUAAGUGUAACGGCCACGCCAGCGAGUGUGUGAAGGACGGCGGCGGCCGGCUGGUCUGCGACUGCAAGCACAACACGGAGGGCGCGGACUGCAGCGUGUGCAAAGCUUUCUUCAACGACCGGCCGUGGAUGAGGGCGACGGCCGACAGCGCCAACGAGUGUCUGCCCUGCGACUGCAACAGGAAGAGCUCAGACUGUUACUUCGACGCCGAGCUGUACCGGGCCACGGGUCACGGAGGUCACUGCAGAAACUGCGCCGACAACACCGACGGGCCCAACUGUGAGCGUUGCCUCGACAACUACCACAGAGACCAGAGCGGCAACCGCUGCCUGCCCUGCAACUGCAACUCCAUCGGUUCUGAGUCUCCUCAGUGCAACAACAGAGGCGUGUGCGCCUGCAAACCCGGAGUAACCGGGGAGAAGUGCGACCGCUGUCAGCCAGGGUUCCACAGCCUGACCGAGGCCGGCUGCAGGCCUUGCACCUGCUCGCCGUCAGGCAGCACCCAGGAGUGUGACGUCAACACGGGUCAGUGCCGCUGUAAAGACAACGUGGAGGGCUUCAGCUGCGACAGAUGUAAACCAGGUUACUUCAACUUGGACCCCAACAACCCUCAGGGCUGCACGGCUUGUUUCUGCUUCCAGCACUCGUCUGUGUGCGACAGCGCCGAGGGCUACAGCGUCCACACCAUCAGCUCCACCUUCGACAGAGGUACAGAGGAGUGGAGCGGCCAGACGCGGGACGGAUCCACCGUCUCAGUCCAGUGGUCCCCCAGUGGACAGGAAGUGUCCCUGGUGUCUGAAGACUACCAGCCCUUGUACCUGGUGGCCCCAGAGAAGUUCUUGAGGAAUCAGAUGCUGAGCUACGGACAAAACCUGAGCAUGACCUUCCGGGUGGAGCGGCGGGAUGCGCGCCUGUCGGCCGAGGAUCUGAUCCUGGAGGGGUCCGGCAUGAGGCUGGCCGUCCCGCUCAUCGCUCAGGGCAACGCCUACCCCAACGAGAACAUGCAGACCUUUGUGUUCAGGCUCCACGAGCAGCCGGGCUACCCCUGGAGACCUUCUGUCAGCGACUCAGACUUCCAGAAACUUCUCCACAACCUGACGGCCAUCAAGAUCCGGGGAACCUACAGCGAGCGGAGUGCUGGUUACCUGGACAAUGUCUCCUUGGUCACGGCGAGGAGGGCCCCCGGGGUGCCGGCCCGCUGGGUGGAGCAGUGCACGUGUCCGCCGGGUUACCAGGGUCAGCACUGUGAGCAAUGCACCCUGGGAUAUCGCCGGGCCCAGCUGGAGCUCGGACCCUUCAGCUCCUGUGAAGUCUGCAACUGCCAUGGACACAGCGACGCCUGCCACCCUGAUACUGGAGCCUGUGACUGUCAGGACAACACUGCCGGGUUGAGCUGCGAGCGCUGCCAGGACGGGUUUUACGGCGACGCCACUCAGGGCUCGGCGGGCGACUGCCAGCCGUGUCCCUGCCCCAGUGGAGCCACCUGCGCCGUCGUCCCCAAAACCAGAGAAGUGGUUUGUACCAACUGUCCUGCUGGAACCACAGGUAAGCGAUGUGAGCUCUGCGACGACGGGUUCUUUGGGGACCCUCUGGGUCAGAACGGGCCGGCCCGACCCUGCCGCUCCUGCCAGUGCAGCAAUAACAUCGACCCCAAUGCCGUCGGCAACUGCAACCGCGAGACAGGAGAAUGCCUCAAGUGCAUCUACAACACCGACGGCUUCUUCUGCGACCGCUGCAAGGCGGGCUUCUUCGGAGACCCGCACGCCUCCAACCCUGCUGAGAAGUGUGCAGCCUGCUCCUGUUCUCCGCUGGGCACAGUGGAUCAGCAGACCAGCUGUUCUCCGGUCACCGGUCAGUGUCAGUGUCUCCCUAAUGUGGAUCAACGCGACUGCAGCGCCUGCCAGCUGGGAUUCUUCAACCUGCAGAGCGGCAAUGGCUGCGAGGAAUGUAACUGCAACCCGAUCGGCUCCACCAGUGGCGACUGUGACAUUGACUCAGGACAAUGCGAGUGCCAACCUGGCGUCGCCGGCCAGCACUGCGACCGCUGUGAGGUCAACUUUUUCGGCUUCAGCUCAUCUGGAUGCAAACCGUGUGACUGUGACCCUGAAGGUUCUCUGUCCGGUCAGUGUAAGGAAGAUGGCCGGUGCGAGUGUCGACCCGGUUUCGUCGGAGCGCGAUGCGACAUGUGUGAGGAGAAUUAUUUCUACAACCGGUCAGUGCCAGGCUGCCAGCAGUGUCCGUCCUGCUACGGUCUGGUCCGAGACAAGGUGAACCAGCAGAGACAGAAGCUCCAAGAACUCCAGAUGCUGAUAGAUAAUCUGGGCUCCGGCCAGGAUACAGUCAGUGAUAAGGCCUUUGAGGACAGAUUGAAGGAGGCAGAAAAGGUCAUCAUGGAGCUGCUGGAAGAGGCUCAGAAUAGCAAAGACGCAGACCGAGGUCUGCUGGACCGUCUGAACACCCUGAACAUCACCCUGACCACCCAGUGGAACCGACUGCAGAGCAUCCGCAACACGGUGGACGACACCAGCGCUCAGGCUGACCGCGCGCGUGACAGAGUCCGAGAUGCCGAGAGCCUGAUAGAUCGAGCUCGGCAGGAACUGGCCAAGGCCAAGGACGCCGUCAGCAAAGUGGACAUCAAACCUACCGAUGGCACUGGAGAACCCAACAACAUGACGCUGCUGGCGGAGGAGGCGCGACGCCUCGCCGACAAGCACAAGAUGGACGCCGAUCAGAUUGAAAAGAUCGCUAAAGAUGCCAACGACACGUCAACCAAAGCAUACAACCUGCUGCUGAAGACCAUCGACGGCGAGAGCAAGAUGGCCGACGAGAUUGACAAGCUCAACAAGAUGUACAACGAGGCGAAGGAGCGGGCCAAGGAUCUGGAGAAACAGGCCCACAAGGUGCAGGCGGAGGCAGAGGACGCCGGGAACAAAGCUCUGAAGCUGUUCGCCAACCUGACCAGCCUCCCCCCGUUUGACACCAAGACUUUAGAGGAUGAUGCCAAAAAGAUUAAGAAGGAGGCGUCCGAUUUGGACAACCUGAUUGACAAGACAGAACGGGAGUACAACGAGCUGCGAGACGACCUGAAGCCCAAAGAGCUGGAGGUCCGGAAGCUGCUGGAGAAAGGGAAGAGUGAGCAGCAGACUGCAGAUCAGCUGUUGGCCCGAGCCGAUGCCGCUAAAGCUCUGGCCGAGGAGGCGGCGAAGAAAGGCCAGUCAACUUUCAAAGAAGCAGAGAGCAUCCUGGAGGACCUGCGAGACUUUGACCGGAGGGUCAACGAUAACAAGACAGCAGCAGAGGAAGCCAUGAAGAAGAUCCCCAUCAUCAAUGCCACCAUCAUGGCCGCCAACGAGAAGACGCGGCAGGCGAAGGAGGCGCUUGGUAAUGCUGCUGGUGAUGCUGGGGAGGCCAAGAGGAAGGCUGAAGAGGCUGAGAAGAUCGCAGGCAACGUUCAGAAGGGCUCAGCUAAGACUAAAGAAGACGCAGAGAAGGCGCUGCAGGACACAAACAAGCUGGACAAAGACGUUGAUGACAUGAUGGAUCAGCUGAGCGCCGCGGAGGAGGAGCUGAAGAAGAAGAAGGCCGAGGCCGACAGCGACAUGAUGAUGGCUUCCAUGGCAUCAGAAACCGCCAAACAGGCUGAGGACAACGCUCGCAAGGCCAAGAGUACGGUGAAGACGGUCCUGAAGAUCAUCACAGACCUAAUGGAUCAGCUGGGAAACAUUGAUAAAGUGGAUCUUAGCAAACUGAACCAGAUUGAAGAGUCUCUGAAGCGUGCCAAGGACAAGAUGUCCGGCAGCGAGCUGGACAAGAAGCUGAGGGAGCUGAACGAUGUGGCGAGCUCACAGAAGCAGAUGAUCGACGACUACGACCGGCAGAUCCGAGAGAUCCGCAGCGACAUCAACAACCUGAACGACAUCAAGGCAACAUUACCCGAAGGCUGCUUCAACACGCCGUCGCUGGAACAGCCUUAACCCGCCCGCAUCGUCCAGCCGCCCUGUUUCCUCCCACGCUCACAUCUAACACUCCGACAAGCGUGCCGACUUUUACCAAAACUGUUCUUUCUUUGCCAACAUUUCAGCCGCGCCCAGUAGAGAGGCAGUUGCUGGUGACGGCGGUGUCGUUACAGGGAACUCCGCGGUGCAGAGACGCUGGACAGCGAGGUGGACGAACCUCAGAGACAACCAGAACCAUAAACCCAACGCGACUGCAGCCCACUGGCGCCUCGCCAUAUUUCUGUCUUCAACAUUUCAGAACACGUGAAGGAAUUCUCAGAUCCUCUUCCUGAAGCUACGCUCUCGAUACGGACAGCAGGGAAAAUAUUUCAAGUCCUCUCCUCUGCAGUAUUCACACCUCCAGCAGGUGGCGGUGUUUUAUAAAGUCACAUAAACAGCUGCGAGGGAAGCUGCCAAAGUCCCAGACAGAUAAAAGCAGAUCCAAACUCUUCCUCAUUUACAGUCGUCCACAUUUCAGCCUUGAUAGAAGCUGUGAAAAGUUUUCCAUCACAGACAGAAACAAAACGUCCCACAGGAUUAAGAGCUUCCAAGCAGCUUCAAUGGUUCAGGCCCCAAAUCUGUUCAUUGACCACAGAAGAUAAAAGUUAAUGUUUGUUUCCUUACAGAAACAUUUUAAAGUUUGGCUCCAGAUAAAGAGCAAAGCCUGGAGUUAAAGUUCUGCUCUGAUUCAUUUCAUCCACCAGACCUUUUAGCCAAAGUCCUCAGCAGCAGCUUUUCUGAAGGUCUGACUGAGUUUCUCAUUUAAGUGUCGUAACAUUUUACUGACUCCAACACCCGAUUGAAAUAAAUAGAUUAAUAUUUAAAUAUGACUUUUAUUUCUCACAAUAAUUAGCAACAUUGGCAUUAGCUUGGAGAGGUCAGUAGUUUUCAUGUUACAAACAAUUCGAUAUGUUGGUGAACUCUUAAGUUUUGACGAUUCUCAGGUUAAGUUUAAAUUGAAGUCAUUUCUUCGGUGCUGUCGGAGGACGAGGCGAUUAGCGUCACUUUGUAGCCUAGUUUUUCCACAAUAAAUCCAAAUGAACAUGCUAACCUCCUAUCUAUAGCAAAGAGACAUCUUUGCUUUUUAACAGCUUGCUGGUUAGCUUUGUUAGCCUUAGCAUGCUAUCUUAGGAAACCUGUGUUGGUUCAGGUUGAAGAGCAAGAGCCUGUUUGGUUCUUGUAUCCAUUAGCAUCAUGGAUGCAGCCAUGAUGCUAAUGCAGCUAGCUUCCUGUUAGCUUCCUGUUAGCUGCUAGCUUCCUGUUAGCUUCCUGCUAGCUUCCUGCUAGCUGCUAGCAUGUUCCAGGAAGAGAAGAAGCUGAAUCAGCAGUUCUGUCUGUGGUGGAAACCUACAGGAGAAUGAACUGAAGCUUCCUGGUUCCCCCGGAUAAAAUCCCAUUCUGACCCCUGCAUGACCUUAAUGACCCCUUCUGGACUUUGGCAGCUUCUUUCCCACAAUGCAACACCUCACCUUUGUCUCCACAUCCAAACACUAUGCAACUUUGUACAUUCUGCGUAGCGAGAGUUUUAUCUGAUACACUGGUGCUAAUAAUUAUUACAAAUGUUUUAUUUUUGAGUGAAUGUUUUUUAUUAUGACUUAUAGCGAGGAGUUUAUUAUUAUGCGUGUAAAUAAGUGAUUGGCUGAUUUUAUCCUGAGCAGCCCCAAUAUGUCUGAUCACAAUCAAUCAACUGAAACCUCCAGGUGAAAAUAUAUCAUAACAUCUGUGGUAUGUUAUUCUAAUUGUUAUAAUUAUUAUUAUUAUUAUUAUCUCUGCUUGUAUACAGGGCUGACAGCUGUUGCCUUCCGCCGUUACUGUUUGUGUUGAUUCUUUGUGGGUUUUCAGGAGGUUUGGAGCCCAUCAUCAGUCAGACCGUUUGCGCCUUACAGGACAGUUAUUGGUACGUCACACAGACCGAUCCUGGGCCUGCGGACCCCAGAAUGUCCUCCUGUUUCGGCGACUCGCCUGUGGUCCUGCAGCUUGUGGUCCUGCAGCUUGUGGUCCUGCAGCCUGUGGUCCUGCAGCCUGUGGUCCUGCAGCCUGUGGUCCUGCAGCUUGUGGUCCUGCAGCCUGUGGUCCUGCAGCCUGUGGUCCUGCAGCUUGUGGUCCUGCAGCCUGUGGUCCUGCAGCCUGUGGUCCUGCAGCCUGUGGUCCUGCAGCUUGUGGUCCUGCAGCCUGUGGUCCUGCAGCUUGUGGUCCUGCAGCUUGUGGUCCUGCAGCCUGUGGUCCUGCAGCUUGUGGUCCUGCAGCCUGUGGUCCUGCAGCCUGUGGUCCUGCAGCCUGUGGUCCUGCAGCCUGUGGUCCUGCAGCCUGUGGUCCUGCAGCCUGUGCAGCGCCGGCUCUGUAAUCAGUAUUUUAAGUUAUAUGGGCUGUUUGUGAUCUGCUGUUGUUCUUUGUGUUGGUGGCCGUGUUGCAGCUGCUCAGCCUGCAGGAUUUCUAUGUUCCAUCUCUGUUCUCACCUGCCUGUAAACCCAAACCUAACAUUUCAGUAAUAAAAACCAACUACUACAGGA